AUGCCACAGUCGAGACUGCAACGUGGUGAGGCUGACAGAUCGUCGAGGAAUGGAUCAACAUUCCUCAGGCUGGCCGAUUCCGGCCACUCGACUUCCAUUUUAGGAAGCCCUGGGGUGGCAGCUCCAAGUCACAUGACACUGGCAAGAGCCCCAGUUGGAUCUGCUACCAGCAGGAGUAGUUUAUCUAGAUCCGGUCCGGAAGCAGUGCCUAGCUUCCCACGUUCGUUCCCACACUACGGCAUCCGGAUCCCUAAACCUCUUGCGAUUCGUGGAUAA